CUCGUCUUUGGGUUCGACACGAUCGUCAACGGCGCCUCCAUAUCAACGCCAUCAUUCCUUCUAUACUUCGGCAGUAUUGGACCUAGUGGACCAUAUCUUCCAUCCAUCUGGACCUCAUUGUGGACGGCUAUGUAUGGCUUAUGCCAAGCGAUAGGUGCAAUCAUCAUCGGCCUCGUCGCUGAUAGAUUGGGUCGAAAGUGGCCUGCGUGCGCGGCUGCUUCUCUCACUCUUAUUGGUACCGCCAUCCAAUACAUUGCUCAUGCCCGAGGCACCUUAAUGGCAGGGAAGAUGAUUGCCGGCCUUGGUGUUGGAGCAAUCCUGACAGUAGCUACCACCUAUGCUUCGGAGGUGGUACCUCUCAAGUUACGUGGACCAAUUCAGACCACACUUGUCUUAUUCACUGUCCUCAUGCAAGGCCUUGCAUUGGGUGUGGUGCGAAUCUUCGUCCCAAAUGUUCACGAGCAGGCAUUUAGAAACUUUUUUGCUACACAGUGGGCCGUGGGCGGGGUUGCUCUUAUUUGCUUUGCGCUCAUCCCAGAAUCUCCAGUGUUUCUCAUCACAAGUGGCAAGAUUUCUGCAGCUCGAAAGGCAAGGGGCCGAAUCUACGGGGAGAAGAAACAGUCAGAGGAAAGACUGGCUUUGCUAGUCAGAACGCUUCGCGAAGAAAAGGCCAGCAAAGAGCUUACAGGCGGUGCUUCCUACCUUGAAUGCUUCAAAGGAACGAACCUGAAGAGAACGGGCUCCGUCGCGUUCUUGUACACCACAGCAAAUGUCGGAGGUGCGGGCUUUCUAGCACAGAACAUUUACUUCCUCAUCAUUGCUGGGCUAGAGCCGAUCCAUGCCUUCGACAUCGGCAUCGGAGGUUUCGGACUGGCCAUCCUUAUCAUCAUCGCCAGUGGUGCAUACCUGAAGAAGAUCAGUCCUCGGGUGACCGUCAUCACUGGAUGUGUCACAAAUUUCGUGUUCAUGAUCGUCAUUGGCACGCUGUACUAUUCUUCAAGUCAUGGAGCCUUGUGGGCAAUUGCCGUACUUAUGAAUCUGCUAAUAUCGUUCCAAACGAGUACACUCCAAGCAGUUGGAUGGCCCAUCGCAGCAGAAAUCCCCAGCUAUCGAUUGCGCGCAAAGACAUUGUCAAUUGGCAUAUUCGCGCAGACGCUGAGCACAUGGUUCUUCACUUUCGUCACGCCGUACAUGUACAACGUGGACUCGGGGAACCUAGGUGCACGCACAGGUUUCGUCUACGCACGGACAAGCGUCUUCCUCAUCGUCAUCGCAUACCUCUACUGUCCCAACACUGCAGGCUUGUCGACCGAGGAGAUUGAUCAUCUAUAUGAACAAAAGAUCUCUCCGAGACUGUUUCAA